GGCCGCGGGCUCGGCGGCGGCGCAGGCGCACUGGAUUCGCCGCGCCGAACUGCAGCCAUGGAACAGGCACCUCCGGACCCCGAGCGGCAGCUCCAGCCGGCGCCCUUGGAGCCGCUGGGCUCCCCAGACGCUGGGCUGGGGGCUGCGGUCGGCAAGGAAGCGGAGGGGGCCGGAGAAGAGAGCUCUGGGGUCGACACGAUGACACACAAUAAUUUUUGGUUGAAGAAGAUAGAAAUCAGUGUUUCAGAAGCAGAAAAACGAACUGGAAGAAAUGCCAUGAACAUGCAAGAAACAUAUACUGCUUACCUCAUUGAAACAAGGUCAGUUGAACAUACCGAUGGUCAGAGUGUCCUAACAGACUCACUAUGGCGGCGAUAUAGUGAAUUUGAGUUGUUGAGAAGCUACCUUUUAGUUUACUAUCCACAUAUUGUUGUGCCACCUCUGCCAGAAAAACGGGCAGAAUUUGUUUGGCAUAAACUCUCUGCUGACAACAUGGAUCCAGAUUUUGUGGAGAGGCGACGGAUUGGUUUAGAAAACUUUCUCUUGAGGAUUGCUUCACAUCCCAUCCUUUGUAGAGACAAAAUCUUCUAUCUGUUUUUAACACAGGAAGGUAACUGGAAGGAGACUGUGAAUGAAACUGGGUUUCAGCUGAAGGCAGACUCCAGGUUAAAAGCGCUUAAUGCAACAUUCAGAGUGAAAAACCCAGACAAGAGAUUUACUGACCUUAAGCACUAUAGUGAUGAACUGCAGUCUGUCAUCUCACAUCUUCUUCGAGUCAGAGCUAGAGUAGCAGAUCGACUCUAUGGUGUAUAUAAAGUACAUGGGAAUUAUGGUCGAGUUUUCAGACGGAGCUUUGCUCUUGUUGCCCACGCUGGAGUGCAAUGGCGCGACCUCGGCUCACCGCAACCUCUGCCUCCCGGGUUCAAGCGAUUCUCCCACCUCAGCCUCUCGAGUAGCUGGGAUUACAGGUGUGUGCCACCAUGCCUGGCUAAUUUUGUAUUUUUAGUAGAGACGGGGUUUCUCCAUGUUGGUCAGGCUGGUCUCGAACUCCCGACCUCAGGUGAUCCACCCUCCUUGGCUUCCCAGAGUGCUGGGAUUAUAGGCGUGAGUCAUCAUGCCCUGCCAAAAAGCUCUUUUGACUAAGACAACAAAAAAAGUUAAGUGCCUUAAGUUGGGACUGGUAGAUAGAGGACUCUGUUGGAGGUUGAUUCUAGGCUCAGCUCUGUCUCUGAUCAGCUGCCUGACUUUGAGUAAACCGUGUUAGGUUUCUUGGCCUGAGUGUCUGUUCUUAAUUGUUGGGGUAGAUGAGGACAGUGAUUUUCAAACCUUUUUUUAGCGUGGAACUCUUAUGUUUAAACAAAGUCUCGUACAGAAAUAUAAACAAAUAGAACCUAUUUCCACAGACCUGUUUGGGGCUAGAGAUUUUAUCCUUGAUGAACACCAGACUGGGUUACUAAAUUUAGCUCUAAACCUUUCUUUUUGUUGUAAUUAAUAUUUUUCAUUCCUGUCCAAAAUCUUGACUCUCAGGCAUUCUUGGAGUCUUUUCCUUUUUUCAGUUUCAUGGAGCUACAAAAUACUAGAGCGACCCUUGUGGUUUUUCAGUUCGAGUUCUAGAUCCAAGAGGUGAGGGUGGACUUCAGGUUGUCUGAAGUCUCUGAAAUUGUACACAAAAUGUUGUGUUUUUUGUUGUUUUUUUUUUAACUUUUUAGGGAAAAGAUACAUAGUUUUCAUCUAUACUAAGAGUAUAAUACUAUUUUUUAUGAUAUGUUGGAAUUGAAGAUGUUUAUUAUACAUUCUUUAAAUAGCAGAAAAAUUGGAAACAACCUGUAUAGCCAGGAAAAUGGUUAAAAAGAUUGUGAGUUGCCAUUUAAAAUGACAUUUAGAACAAAUUAUUUUAAUAGUAUGGGAAAAUACUAUUUAGAAAAAGCAUGACACAAACUCACAUAUACCGUAUGAUCUCAGCCACUUUAAAUUACGCAAAUAAGACUAGAAGGAGGUGUAUCAAAUUAUGUUAUCUCUUGGCAUUUGGGAUUAUAGAUUUAUCUUCCCAGUUUACUAUAAUAAGCAUAUAUAACUUCCAUAAAAAGAUUUUUAAUGUAAAGCAUUUCACAGAAAUGACAACAAAAUGAUCUGUGGCUCUAGUAGCUUUCUUGUGUAAUAUGAUUAUUAUUAUUAAAACUUUACUCUGCACCUACUGUUUCUAUACAGUUGUCUUUUUCUGUUAGCUACUAGAACAGUGGCAUGUAAUCAGGUAUGUUCAUCAGAGCCGUACAUGGAGUAUUUAAAAAUGUACAUGUCUCACUCUAUCCCCACAGCUUCUGAUUAAGUAUGAAGAGUAGGGCUAGCAUCCGUAUUUUUUAAAACCUUUACAAAUGAUUUAAAUCAGCCGCCUAACUGAGAAUGUUAUCUAUAACCAGAAGCUGUUGAGUAUGAUACUUACCUUCCGCUUAGCAGCAAGCAUCAACGUUUGAAGCCUUCACUUCACAUUUAGUUGUUAAACUUAAGGGGAAAACAGCAUAUUUGAGUUAUAGAAAAUAAACCCAAAUACGGGUGCUAUACAUUAUUUUAAAGCUAGCUAGACAAGAAUCUUGAAAAGAGUCCAUUUAAUACUAUUCCAUAUCUCUAAUGCAUGUUGCUUUUGGUUUUAUCUU